AUGGAGGACGACGAUGACUGCCCUCCUCUCGCCGUCGAGCUCCCGCCGCGGGUGCCGUACCCUCCGGCGCAAGCUCCCUCAGACGCCUCACCAGUUGGCGUCACCGUCAUCACCGGCUACCUCGGGGCCGGCAAGUCGACGUUAGUUAACUACAUUUUGAAUGAGCAACAUGGGAAGAGAAUUGCUGUGAUACUAAACGAGUUCGGGGAGGAAAUUGGGGUCGAGAGGGCGAUGAUCAAUGAGGGGCAAGGUGGUGCACUUGUCGAGGAAUGGGUGGAGCUGGCCAAUGGAUGUGUCUGUUGCUCUGUAAAACACAGUCUGGUUCAAGCACUUGAGCAGCUUGUGCAGAGAAAGGAUAGAAUGGAUCAUAUAUUACUUGAGACAACAGGAUUGGCCGAUCCUGCUCCACUUGUUUCUGUUCUUUGGCUAGACGAUCAAUUGGAGUCGUCAAUUAGACUGGAUUCUAUUAUUACGGUUAUUGAUGCAAAAAACUUCAGGGUUCAGAUUGAUGAGCACAAAAACUCUUCCUCAUUCCCUGAAGCAUUUCAUCAAAUUGCAUUUGCGGAUGUUGUGAUAUUGAACAAAAUUGACCUAGUGGAGGACAACCUUGAGGAUUUGGAAAAACAUAUUCAUGAUGUGAAUGCUCUGGUUACAGUGGUGCGGUCUGUCCGUUGCCAGAUUGACUUGAAUGAAGUAUUUAACCGGCAAGCAUAUGGUGCCAAGAAUUCAUCUCAUCUGCAAGAACUGCUCGACUAUAGUAAAUCAGUGCCACCUAGUCGCCGUCAUGAUAACAGUAUUUCCACCUUGUGCAUCUAUGAGCAUGAUUCUGUUAACUUGGCUAAGGUGGAGUCUUGGCUUGAAGAUCUUCUUUGGGAAAAAAAUUCUAGUAUGGACAUAUAUCGCUGUAAAGGGAUUUUAUAUAUCCAUGAUUCAGACCAAGUUCAUACAUUACAGGCAGUGAGGGAAGUUUAUGAAGUUGUGCCGGCUCGAAAAUGGUCUGAGACAGAGUCUCGCAUGAACAAGAUAGUCGUCAUAGGCCGCAAUUUGGAUAUCAAUGUUCUUCAAGAUUCUUUUAGUGGUUGCAAGAGCUGA